GCAUAUACUCAAGUGCAAUCAUGAGCGACAACGAUGGCGCCACUCCAGAGGAACAGCUCCUGUUUGCCUGCAGGACAGACAAUCUAGACCUCUUCCAGACGCUCAUUACUUCCGAAGAGAACCCACAGCUCAAUGUCAACACUACAGACAGGUUCGGAAUGACACCGCUGCAUAUCUGUGUCCUCUACCAGAGUACCGAGGUACUGCCGCUGCUCUUGGAGGAGGAGGUAGACGUUGAUCUGAGGGAGAAGGGCAAGGGUGAUACUCCCCUGCACGUCGCCAUGAGGAUCGAGGAUAGCGAUAAUGAGGAAAUGAGGAAUUGGCUUGUCGAGCAACUUCUCUCAGCAGGCGCAGAUCCCAAGGUUCGCAAUUCAGCAAAUGAGAAGCCAGAAGACCUGCUACUCGGAAGCGCAAAGGAGUCUGAGAAGGGUCAGGAAGUCAGGAGGAUGUUGAGGGAUGCAGAGGCUGAGAACACAUUUGCGAGCAAGGGAGAUGUGGUUGAUGAAGAUGCUGAGCCUUCAGAUGACGAGCCGCCGUCGGAUGAAGACUAGACUGUAGCUUAUCGAGCUUUAUGCCACCACAUAGAUGUCGGAGAGGUGGAGCAGAUACAAUCGGAAAAUUUAUUACACAGCCCAGAUCGACAAUCUCAUAUCUAGCUAUGGUGAUGUCGAAGAUGCAUGCACUGGACGAUAAUAUUACAAUAAGCAGCAGACACUCUCUGCCCCGUACUCAUCUCUUCAUUCUAGCCCGCUUCAUCAGUUCCUCCACUCCC